AUGCACAGGCUUACUGACAAGCAGCUGAAGCAUCUCAGCAUGAGUAAAACUGCACUCAGAGUUACAGCUUCAAUCCAAGGCAGCCACUUCUCUGGGGAGCAGAUCAGCACUGAGGUGCCAUUCAAUCCUGGCUUUUAUGCUGACCAAACGGAAAUGCUUUUAAGUAACCAUUACACAAGCUCUGAUGUGAAAAUAUUUGGUGCCACUGAAAUUCUUGAUACCCUGGAGGUGAAAUGUGGUUCACCAACAGUGAAGGCGUUUGAGAAAGAGAAGUUCUACGGGCUGCCUAGUUACGUAGUCUACACCGUUAGUCUGGCUGAUCCAAGAGUUUCAAGCCAGGGAUCCUUAUCAACCACUCUAACUAUCUCUAGUCCUAUGACUGACCAGUCUAUCACUAUCUCAGUGACAGUGAUUUACUUGACUGACAGAACCAGUGCACCAGUGAGACAUGGAGCCAGUUUAUUCCAGCACUUUCUUGAUUCUUACCAAGUAAUGUUCUUCACACUUUUUGCACUAUUAGCAGGGACAGCUGUUGUAAUUAUAGCCUAUCAUGCAGUUUUCUCACCGAAAGAACAGCACAGUCAUCCAGCAUUUACCCCAAGGACAGCUCCUCAGCAGAGCCAUAACAGUUUCUCUGUAUCACCUGCACCUUCCUUCAGUCCUCAGUCCUCAAGCAGGAAAACAAGCCCAUCAUCCACACUCUGGAGCACUGAUUAUGGUUCACGUUAGAGACAGCAGGACUCAUCUUCAUGUAGUAGGGCUAGGGGGGGUGGAAAUCAGUGCCUUU